AUGGAUCUUAUUGUUGAUGAAAAUGGUAUUCUCUUUCAACAACAGUAUACUAAGGAUGUUGAGGAUGAGUUUAUUGCAGACUUUCCUAUCUCGAAGGAGGUAGGUAAUUCCAAAAUUAAGCCCCCAGGCUUGCAAGAAAUCUACAGCAAGUUACUUACAAAUGGCUUGAAGAAUAAUGCAAUUGCAAAUGGCAAGGCAUCUUUUUCUGUAUUACCAGAAACUGUACAGUUUUUAGAUUUCGAGCCAGGUAAAACUUACUCAUCCAAAGUGUCUGUCACGAAUUGUACCAAUAAGCUCAGGAGAAUUCGCGUAUUACCAAUUUCUCCUCAAUAUCAAUUUUUUUUUGCUGUAGAUUCAAACGUUUCACCUGCGAUAUCGCCAGGCUUGCAGUGGACUAUAACUGUAUUAUUUACGCCUAAUAGUGAUGUAUUUGUCAAUGGAGAACUUAAUUUAAAGAUAGACGAUGGGUCGCUCUUAAAUAUAUUGCUACAAGCAAGGCCGAAGCAGCCUGCACUUAGCAUUAGUGUCGACGAAAUAGACUUUGGCACAGUUACAAUAGGAGAUUACAAAAAGCGUGGUUUAACUAUUCGGAAUCAAGGAUCACUUUCUGGAAAAGUGAAAAUAUCUGGCUCUUUCGAGAAUGUAGUUAGAGAGACUCACAAAGACCCACUCACAAAAGAGGGAAAACAUUUCUUGUCGAUUCUACCUAAUGUAUAUAAGUUCGACAUUCCACCGUUAUCGGAGAAAAAAAUCGAGUUUGAGUUUACACCUCUCGAAAGAUGUCAAAUGUUGUGCAGCGUUUUUAUUAAGGGAGAUUGUCUAAACAAGACGAUAAGCUUAAAGGGCAAAUCAACCGAUCUCCCAGUUUUUGUGUCCAGUGGCGAUAUCGACUUUCGUUGCUGUUUUUACGGGAGCGUCUACUCUAGUAAAGUUGAAGUACGAAAUACUCUUUCGUUACCAACCGUGGUGACAGCGAAGGUUCCAGCACAUUUCAAGGAAGUUGUCCGCUUUGAACCAGCUUCCUUAAUAAUUCAGCCCGAUGCUUCCCUUUCCUAUGACGUUUUGUUUGCGCCUUCUGUUCAUAUUGGAUCUGACGUUGAUAUACUAGUCGAACUGCAUUCAAAGGGACAAUCGAUUCCAGCAACUGUCAGAAUAUUAGCCUCACUUACGCAUCGAGGGUUCUAUGUCGAUGAGCAGGUCAUUGAUAUCGGUUCCAUGUUUAUCAAUGAAGAGAAAUGUUACUAUUUUGUAGCAGAGAACCCUUCAGAUUUACCACAAGAGAUCGAGUGCACAAAUUUACCUAGCAACAUUGUAGUUAUCCCACGGAAAGUCACAUUGUUUCCCAAAGAACGCUUCCAGUUUCAAUUUUUUUUCAGACCAUCAAACCCGGGAAAGAUCGAUUCAUUUUUGAUACUUCGAAAUGUAUAUGGGGACCGAGUCACUUUGAAACUUUCUGGCUAUGCACAUGAGCCAGUGCUUCUUUUUUCAGAAAGUACAAUAUUUCUGCCUGCUUGCCCAUUUGGUGGUUGUAUUUCUGCGUCAACAGUAUUGACAAAUAAUUCAGAUGAAUGCCAAGAAUUUCACUUCAGCACCUCAUCGGAAUUUGUAUUUGUUUCGCCAUCCACAGGAGUUCUACGACCCAGAGAGAGCAUACCCAUCAUGGUCUUCUUUGAGCCCCGAAAGCCAGAUACAAAGAAGGAGGAGUUAGAGAAAACAUUAUCGAUAACUUUGCACAAGCAAAGGUCAAACCCUUUAAAGAAUUGCCCAAGUAUUGCCUCAAAUACACUAUCGGUCGAUGAUUUUCUAUCUGUAUUUGCUAAUUGGGAUAAAAGCGUAAGCUCUCGAUUAGCUCGACACCGGAUUGUGAAAAUUCAAUGCAAUUCGAAUGAAGCGCACAUUGAAAACGUUUUUAUCGCUAUUGAUUGCACCGUUAUUUUUCCAGAAAUUACUGUAGCUGAGGCUGUAAAUGGUGAAAGCGUUUUGUCCAAGUCAACAUAUCAACAACUCCCAACCAAGCAAACUAGCGCAAUAGGAUCAAAUCUGCCUGACAUCACACAUAAGCCAACUUCAUCAUUGAAACCACUGGGUUGCUGUGUAGAACUCAACUUUGGUGAAGUUCCAAUUGGUCAGGCAGUAACUAAGUCAUGCUUGAUAAAAAACAACAGUGAUAUACCAGUGACUUUUCAAUUACAACCCUUUUCACCAAUGUCGAAUUUCAGUAUGGUGCGCCCACCAGCUGAGGUCUUAGAACCAAAUCAAGUUGAUCAUAUCUUUUUUCAAUUUAAACCGAGAGAGUAUGGCAUCUUUUAUGACGACAUAAGCCUUUUCUGUGAGGUAAACAAAUUAACGAUCAAUCUGAAAGGUUUCUGCACUGAGACUGAUCUCCUCAUAACAACUGAUACAAACUUAGCUGAAACAAACAACCGAGAGGGCUCUGCUAUUAAAGAAAUCGUAUUUCCUCCUACGCUUGUGGGAGACAUCUCACAAAGGUUACUUUACUUCCAUAAUGUCAGGAAUUCUGCUGUGGAUGUUUUGCUUCAAUUCGCAAAUGAAGAUAAUGGUAACACAGAUGUAGGCACGAAUGGUGAACCAUUCAUAUUUCAAUUAACUGCGUUUACUGUGCCCCCUGGAUCUAAAACAACUGUUCCAGCACUUUUCUAUCCACAAUAUGCAGGGAGGUAUGCCACUGCUAUCUGCAUAAUCGCUGGAAAAUUCAAGCGAACUAUUGCGCUAAGCGGUUGGAGUACUUUGAAAAGGGUUUAUAUCCGAUGCACAUCCAGUGAGCACCCUGACUACGUUGAUGGACAGCGCGUUAGCCCGUUCAGGCUCUCGCUUGAGGGAUGCUCCGAAGACUUUCCAUUUACACUUAAUUUCACUGCUGGUGAAACCAAGAAUCUGAUAUUCGGUAGCGUAAAGGGAGGUCCUUCCGCGGAGUGUGUAGUCAAUGCUUUAGAGCCCUUUACCACUGAUGGGUGGGUAGUCAGCGAUCAAAAAGUGACUGUUACUUCUGGUAGUGAAUCAAUUCUUUCUUUCACUUUAGGGCAUCGCAGACCAUCAGAUGAUGUGCGGAUGCGUUUUGCUAAGUAUGCUAUAAAUAUUAAGUGCCUGUCUGAUCCAUCAAAUGAUUGCACAGUUUUUUACCAUUUUGCUGAGCGAGAGUGAUUCUUUUCAUUAAUAUCAAUGUAUUUUAGAAUGUAUCACUUUAUUAUGAGUACUCAUAAGCCUAUCUUAGAGAGAUUUUAAAAGGAAGCGUACAAAGG